AACUUGAAAAAUGUGUAGUCAGCUUUUAUGUCGUAGCAGAUCGACUGCGAAUUCACAGUUGUUGCCUUUUUGCAGCCAGUGAAAUAGUAUUGUUCCUUCCUAAAUAACGCAUUUUAAAUAUUCGGAAGCUGUUGGAAGUGCCGCUCACUGGUUGAGUGCUGAAAUUGUCGGUUUGCCUAAGAACAAUCUACACUUCGGCCUGCUCACAUUGACAAACAGACAACUGCCCUGCACUGACGCCAUGGAUCGUCCUCCCAGCACUAGUCAGCUGUUGGCCAGCAACGUCACAAAUAAGACCGACCCACGGUCACUGAACUCAAGGGUCUUCAUCGGGAACCUGAACACUGUGCUGGUUACCAAGGCAGAUGUUGAAGCCAUUUUUAGCAAAUACGGCAAGACUGUUGGCUGCUCUUUGCACAAGGGCUAUGCCUUCGUCCAGUACGCCAACGAGAGGAACGCACGGGCAGCUGUAGGAGGAGAGGACGGCCGGAUGAUUGUUGGACAGGUGCUCGAUAUUAAUUUGGCAGGAGAGCCCAAACCUCACAGGUCAAAAACAACAAAGCGAUCAGCUGGAGAUAUGUACAGCAGUAGUUCUACUUUCGAACUUGAUUAUGAUUUCCAGAGAGAUUAUUAUGACAGAAUGUAUUCAUACCCUUCCCGUGUGCCCCCUCCACCACCACCACCUCUAUUACGGGCUGUGAUCCCUUCCAAACAUCCACGGGUCAGUGUGAGUGGGGGAACCAGCCGCCGCACCAAGUCCAGCUUUUCCACUUCAUCCAAGAGCAGCCAACGGACAUCUUCUCAAACCCUGAAAGCGGAUGACCUCCAAACUAUUAAGAGAGAGCUUGCUCAAAUCAAACACAAAGUUGACUAUCUUCUGGAGAGUCUGGACAGGAUGGAGAAAGACCACAACAGGAAAUCUGUCAAACCAAAAUUUAUUCAGACACCUCCAACAGGUGAGGCUUCCUCCCUUCAGCAUUCCAGCAAGAAAGACAGAGAGAGGGAAGAGCAAGAGAUAAAUGAUUCUGAGGAGGAGAGAGAUUUGUUGGAAGAGGAGGAGGAGGAAGAGGUUAAAAGCCAGGUAGGAGAGAAUGAAGAAGAGGAGGGAGAGGAGGAAGAGGGUGAGCAUGAAGAAGGGGAAGAUGAUGGUGACCGCAUUAAUGGCAACGGCUCAUAGGUUGUUUUAAACACCAGAGAUACGAGACACACGCUCAAAAUUCAGCCCUUUCAGUUCUUUUGAAAGGUUGAAGCCAAACUUGAGAAGAUUUGUCUGUUAUGAUGUAGAUGCCUGCAAUCUUAUAAUAACUGACACUACAGUUACAUCAGUUUCACUUAUGUCAGUUUAUUUUUAAUGUUAGCAUGACAUCUUUUCAGGCUUUUGAAAUGUCCCUCAACCACGAUAAAAAACAAAAGGUCUGUUUUCAAACAACAGAAAUUAUUACAGUUAUUCUUAAUCAUUCUGACUUGAACCUGAGGGGGUUUUUAUAUUUCACUAGCAGAAUAUGUCCAUUAUGUAUUCUCAGAAUGAAACUGGCCUGAUCCCCGUUUGCCCCGAGUGUCUUGUGGGAUAUUUUUUUUCUGUGAACAAAGAUCAAAUUUGUAUUUUAGAAGGGGGAAACUUGAGUGGCUUCUUUAUUACAGAGAGCCGAAAAGCUUCCAGGAAACAUCUCUGUUUUUAUUUACCUGUAUUUUUAUAUGACCCCGUUUCAGAAUAAUUCUACAGGAAAAUUUC